AGCGACUGAGAACGAGAACGAGAAUGCGUUGACGACUACGAGGUCGAGUGGGACGGCACGGUUUGAGUCAUGUGAAGGGAGCAUCAGAGGCUCAUCGUGAUUACGAGCGCGUCGCGCGACUGCCUUUCUUCCCGCCACGAACAACUGCUGGGGGCUCGAUUCUCAAGCUGUUGCGGAUCAAUUUACAGCGAGUAGGACACGCCCGGCCACGAUGUCUUCAAGAGAGUCCGACCGAAUCACGGCUGCGCAACAAACCCUGGACAUUCUGUAUGAUAUCUCCCAACUUCUAAACACAGGGCUGGACAAAGAGACCCUUGCUACGUGCGUCAACAUGAUUGAGAGCGGCGUUAACCCCGAGGCAUUGGCGGCUGUCAUCCAGGAGUUGCGUAGAGAAAGCCAAGCCUUGUCAGGAAAACCCACAACCAAUGGGAGAUAACACGACUUGGAUGCAGCAGGGGCGACGUUCUCUCAAUGACUGAGAUUCAGUAUAGUGGCGGCCGCUUGUAUUCGGAUUGCUGUAGCGUUCUAGAGUUGAUAAAGGCCCAGUGCGACACGUCGUGAGCUCAUCAGGCUCGCCAGAUGUGAGUAUGGAGUCGUUUGUAUGCAGCAGUCGACUACAGGCCAAAGGAAUGCG